AUGGAUCACGUAAGCAGUCUGCCUAACGAGCUUCUUUGUCAUAUUUUGUCUUUCCUUACGACAAAGGAAGCUGCUUUAACAUCGGUUCUCUCAAAGAGAUGGCUCAAUCUGCUUGCUUUUGUGCCUAAUCUUGUUCUUGACGACUCUAUGUUUCUUCAUCCUGAAGAGUGUAAGCGAGAAAGGGAAGGGAUUGUUCAGAGCUUCGAGGAUUUUGUGGAUAGAGUGUUGGCUUUGCAGGGUCAUUCUUCCAUUAAGAGAUUCUCCCUCAAGUGUGAAAAUGGUGUUGAUAAAGAUCGUGUGAAUCGAUGGAUAUGUAAUGUGUUGCAUCGUGGUGUCUCGGACCUUGAACUUUUCAUAUUUGAUCAUCGUUAUGUGCUGCCUCAAGAGACGUUCGUCAGCAGGACACUGCUCAAACUGAAAUUAACUACUAAUUUUGGUGAUGAUCCGUGGUCUGGAGUUGAAGGAGCUUUCUUACCAAUGCUUAAGACUCUGAGUAGCAACAAUUGUUGGGUUUGUUCGGAUAAGCUCGAGAUACUUCUUCGUGCUUCCCCUCUUCUUGAGGAUUCACACAUAAGAAGCGCUCAUUGGCGGAAAGAAACGGGUGUUACCGUGUCAAGUGCAAGCCUCAAGAAGCUAACUAUCAAUGCUCUUGGUUCCGUAGGCAUAAAAAAUCCAAAGAGCAUUUGUUUUGAUACGCCAAGCCUGCUUUACCUUGACUAUUCUGAUCUUGUCUCGGAGGACUAUCCAAAACUUAACUUGGAGCAUUUGGUUGAGGCUCGACUCAACCUUAUGGCAGAGGAAGGUCAAUCUAAGCUAAUACGAGGGCUAGAUAUUGAGGACGAUGAGGUUCGACCAUUUGGAAAUGUGUGGAAGGUCAUGAGUGCCAUAAGAAAUGUUCGGAAACUUGGCUUAUCUUCUGAAACUCUCGAGGUAUAUUCUGUAUGCCGUGAAUCAAUGCCGGUGUUCCACAACCUCAAAUGGUUAGAGAUUACGAGUAAUAAGGUACAAGGAUGGCAAGCAAUGCCAGUUCUCUUAAGGAACUGUCCACAUUUAGAAACUCUAGUCCUUAAGGGCCUUGAACACUAUGUGACAGAUAAAUGUGGGGAUGCUUGUGACUGCAUUUCUCGGGAGGACAAAGGUCGUUCGCUCAAAUCUUGUCCAGUGAAAAAGAUAGAGAUUAAAAGUCUUAGAGGAACGGAGAGAGAGAUGGAAAUGGUAAAGCAUUUUUUGGAGUCUUUCCCUUGUUUGAAGGAGAUGGAGAUGCACGUCGAGGAUGAGGAUAAACUUAGCAGGUAUGAAGAUCCUAUUAAUUUUGAAUAUAUUGUGAAGAUGGUGGAUCUCUACAAUGGGUUAUCGAGUUGUCAUGUUCGCUUCCUGCCCGUGAAAUGA